CUGCUGAGCCUGCAGGGUUUUUUCUCCCUGUUGUAUUAGAUGUGUGUGUGUAAUGUCAUUUACACAAACGCACUCAAGGUGUUUGGCCAGACUUGAGGAAAUGUCAACAGGGAGGUUACUUGGAGUUUGCUGAUAAAACACACGAGACAGUUUUCAUAUCUGUCGUUUCCACCGGAGCGCGCUGAGGAUAUACUGCGCACGUGUGUGCCAGCAGAACAACAGCAGAACAACAGCUUCAUGGACCAGAUCUGUUGCCUCGUGAGGGCACACCACCCUGGAUCUUAUUCAUGCCAACCUUUAAUGUUUUAACUUUCAAUGUGUUCUUAGUUCAUGUUGAUCAUGCGCUUUGGCACCGCGCUGGCACUCAUCGCCAUCGUGGUGUCUCCACUGCUGAUGGAAUGCACCAUGACAUGUCAUAAAAAAGAACUUUUGAAGAAAGAUGGAAUAGGGAUCCAAAAUGAUGUUGAGGCGAGCUGUCCUGUGAAACUGACCUCAGUCGUGACCUCUGUCCAUCGGGAGAUCUACACUGAACGUGUCACCGUCCGGGUCUUAAUGAGGGCUGAAGAUUUUUGUAAAGCCCCGAAAAUUGAAAUUCUCUCAGAAUUUCAGCAGAAAAGAGAGUCAAAGAUAAUCAGGCCCUUCUUGAAGAAACAGAAGGUUUCCACCUUCCCAAAGUGUAACAAUAAGGGAAAGGAGGGUGAAGCCGUCAAGUGUCACUGGGGAGACACUCCGCAACAUGGCAAAGACAGUUUUGCUCUGUGGGAGCUGUCGUAUGCUUUUUUAAAUGCUGAAGCAGAAACAAUUGUGUCUGCGUCCUACAAAUCAGCAUCCUCAAACUGCAGUGUCAAUUACACAGUGCCAGAUCCCAUGCCAGACUUUUAUCUGUCUGGGAACCAGUCGUCAAAAUCCAUCUCUGUCACCGUGGAGCCCGGAGACAAAGUUUUCGCCAGAUGGUGUUACAAAAACAAUAAAGGGCCCUGCCAGGCACAGGACUCCAAACCAAUUACUAUUGAUCCAUCUCAGUCCCAAUUCGCUCUUCUUAACGUCCCUUACCUGCUUCCCUGUGUGUGUGUGGAGGUGUACUACACCAACUUAGAUUCCAAACGAGAUCAAAAGUGCCCAUUUCGAAACGUGAGCCUAUCAGAUGUCACAGAUGUUUGGCGCUCCUCUGAAGUCAUACUGCAUGAGUCAACUGUGACAUGGUGCUCGGUCUGCUCGGCCGUGGAGAUGAAGAUCUCCGCUUCCCUCUGCUGGAAACAACACAAACACCUCUGCACACCUGUACUCAACUCCACCCUGGAGGAGAUGGAAAAAGGAUCAGAGCUGAUAUAUAACACAACUGCGUGGGACAAACACCCUCAGAUGUGUGUGCAGUUUUCUCUACAAGGCAGCCAUAAUAUAACUUGCCCCUUUGAUGCUGAUAAGCCUUCCUGGGAGGUGAACAUCGGACCGGGCAGGCAGAGUUUGUUUUUGUAUAUCACCUCUUCUGUUCCUGCAAAGUUCUCAGCUCAACUUUGCGUCCUUGAUAAGAGGGGAUGUAAACCCGUGGGGCAAGUCCACUCAGUGAAGAGGGAAAGGAAUUCUGCUGACACAACGAUAAAUGUUCCUCUUCACUUUCUUGCAGAGAAGCCAUGUGUGCAGGUGUGGCAGUCACAUCCUGCUCUUCACGGUCGACGGAUUCUCUGUCCCGACUACACGCACUACAGAUAUGGCUUGUAUGCUGUAGCCGCUUUGGUGUUUAUGGGUAUUGCUGCAUUAGUUGGAAUUUUGAUCCAGCGUCUCACCAAGAGUAGAGCUGCAGAUUGGCUCUGCAUCCAGGAGCCCGUCCUGCUGGUGUGCUCUUCAGAGCAGUCAGCCCACAUAUCUGCUGUGUGUGCAUUAGCCUCAAUCCUGCAGGGGGAGCUAAGUGCCAAAGUGCACAUGGCUUUGUGGGCCCAAAGCUCACAAACGCAGGCUGGGACUAGGACUGGGACUGGGGUGGCAGAUCUGGGUCCACUUCCCUGGCUGUAUGGGCAGUGGGAGGCCGUGCGUAAGGCACGAGGAAAAGUGCUGAUUAUUUGGAGUCCUGAAGCCACGAUGACCUAUGUGAAGUGGAGGGAGGAGAGGACAAACACGGAUAUGAAUGAGAAAAAGGAAGAUGACAGCAAAGCAGAGAAAAUAAAAGUAGAGGUGGAAGAGCAUUUAGAACUAAAUGGAAGAAGACUGGGUAUAUGCAAAAAACAGAAAGCUCAAGGAUGUGUGAAAUUAUGUGAUGAUAAAGACUGGAACAUCCAGAGGGAGCCCUCUACGGUGAUAGCACCGGUGUUUAAGGCUGCUCUGGCCUGCCUGGAGGGGGCGCUGCAGGAGUGCAAAGGUCAAGGAGUGGCCCUUGUUAACUUCCAAGGCCUUUGCAACAGCAGGGACAUCCCAAAGGCCUUCAGAGGGGUCCCACGAUACUGCUUACCUCAGGAUUUCAGUGGUCUGAUACAGGAGCUGGGGGGGAUGAGAAGACAAACAGAAACUGGUAAAUUCAGGUGGCACUGCUGGCCCAGACUCCUGUCUAAAGUGCUGUCUAUAUGGCUGGCAAAGCAGCUAACAAACAGACUAAAAACACUGCUGCCUCAGAUGCAAGGAAAGAAAAUGCAAGGGCCGAGUGUGGCAUCAACACUGAAAACGACGUCGGUUAAGACUUGCAGCCGGCUCAAGUUGCCGCUGGCGUCCAACACGGCGGGGCCCGGCACUGCACACGAGCACGAGCCUCUCCACGGGUCGCCAUGGCGAGCAGAGAUACUUUAAUCUCAAGUUUCACGUGUCUGAUGGGGACAGACUUUUGGUCUGCUGGGAACAUGACACGUAAACACGAGACAAGGGAGCCGGUGUUCCACUGCGUGAGCGCCUCAGAGCCGAUCGCUUCCAAACAACUUUUCAUAACUUGACAACAUCAUGUGGAAAAAAAAUGACACCACUUGUUUUGCAUAUUUUGAAUAGGAACAUACUCUUAACUGGACUCUCCUGCACUUAGCCCCUCAAAGAGGCUUUUCAUGGUGUUUCUUGACAGAAGCCAUAAUGAGCACCUGCAUUGUGAUCUGUAUGUAAAUAUGCCAACCUUUACUAAAAAUCUGUUUGCAAAUUUUAUACCCCCACUCUUCAUGAGUACAUGUAAUGUUUAAAAACUAACAGCAGGGCUUUUGUUUAUGACUGCAGAAUACAGGAACAAGCACAUUUUCCUUGGAAUUUUAUAAACGGGAACAUUGAGCCAAAGCCGUCUGAACAUAUCCAGUGUGAAUUGCAGGUGUGCUUGAUCAUUUGACAGUUAAAUCAAGUGGUCAUGCACUACUUCUAUUGUAUUUUAUUAUAGAACACCUGUUAUUAAAUAUGUGCACACAUACUACUUCUUCAAAACUACGUACAAAUCCUUCCAGUUUCUUUUCUUUGUUUUACAUUUCAAGCGUGAUUUUAAAAAUGUUUUGAAUAUAUAUACUGUAUAUGUUUUUAAAAAGACUACAGAAGUAAUGUUAUAUGACAAGACUGUGUUUAUAUUAAUGAAAUCUGUUUUUUCAGCAUUCAGAGUCUCUGUUUUAUAAGCUUUGUGUGUUUU